AUGACCUCUACUCUAAACGGGACGUUCAACUCGGCCCCUGACACACCCCCCCCCCUCUACCCCGAUCGCCUUAUCCGGCCGCUCCCCAAAAAGACCCUGCGCUCUCGCCUGUCCACCGACGCGGCCGACACCAUCCUCUAUCCGCCAACUCCGCCGGCAUCCCAGAUCUUUUACGGCGUGCCCGGAGAUUCAGAAGAGGCGGUCAACGACGCGAAAGUCUACGUGCAACAGUCCAUCGAGUCAGACCGGCAUGAACUGACCCCCGAAGCCGACUCUCACCACGGAUUUGACACCACUGCGGAAUUCGAAAGCGGGGACGAGGAUGGGCCUGUAGUUGUUCGUCGCAGCGCAGGAUUUCGAAGUUCGGUAUCACCAGCUUCCAGCACACAACAUCCCCAGGGGUACUCUGGGAACGACGGGCCCCCCAAAUCGUCGGCCGGCCCGGACGGCUACGACGCCUUUGAAAACACAAACAACAAGAAGAAGCGAAAGAUCCCUACUCCGGGAAAUAUGAACGGUCAUCAUUCGGCAUUAUCCCCGGAGUUCGCGAGUAUGGGCUUGGCCAGUCCCAGCCCGGGACCCGCCACGGCCUCGGAAGGCAUGCCUACUGGCACGUAUUAUGGCAGCGGAAAUCCUGCGUCGCCCUUGGCGAGUGGGAUUUCGGGUUCUGGCCGAGGCAGAUUGGGCCGGAGUACAACACGGAGUAACUCCGGGCGGAACCCACUGUCUGCUAAUGCACAAACAGCAUGGUUGACUUCUCGAACGCCCGGUCGACGUGAUGGAGUGAUGUCGUCUCCUGUGCCAUCCGGCGACUCUGAUCAAGGUAUCAUUUCCGCGGCAAUUGCAAAUGCAGCCACCCUUUCAUCUCCGCCCCGGGAGUCUGGCAAUGUCAGCCUCUUGGAUCAAGAGAAUACUACCCCGACCAAGACCCAAUUCACUUUUACCUGCGAAUCCGACUCCUCCAAAGGGAUGGCCCUGCAGCGGCAUUCAUUCCCUCUUCCGCAUCGCUCCCCCACCUCCCCCCUUGCCGCUACCACGCAAAACCCCCGUGGCCACUCCACCCAAGGGACCCAGACCAGCCCGAGCAUGGCUGCCCAGAUGAAUCAACAUCUGCCACCGGGUACGCAGCCGCCGCCGGGCGAGCAAGGCUCCACGGGUCGCAAGAAGAAGCGGUCACCUGGCAGCGUUUAUGCCAUGGCCGCACGCCAGCGCAAGAUCCAGCAACAGUACACGAAUAUCAAUCACCCUCCAAUCUCCAGUGAGAUCUGGAUCUGCGAGUUUUGCGAGUACGAGAACAUUUUCGGCCAUCCGCCGGAGGCAUUGAUCAGGCAAUAUGAAAUAAAGGACCGGAAAGAGCGGAAGCGACUUGCGGAGAAGAAGCGGCUGUUGGAAAAGGCCAAGAUGAAGGGCCGUAAGACCAAGAAGGCGCCGAAGAAUGCCUCGAAGGGUGCUGCGGGUCAGCAGGGCUAUCAGCAGGGGUACGACCGAGCUUCCGUUGACCACUCCUCUAUUGCUGGCUCUGGUCAUCCUGACGAUGACUAUCUUGGACAUGAGUAUGACGAUGAGACAAGCCCAAUACCCUCCCACGAUCCCGUGUCUCCGGCCGAUCUUAAACCUCCUCUUCCAUCGGGCAACCACCCCAAGCUGGCUGCGACUGCGGGAGACGUAAAAGGCGCAGCAGAUGCAGGGGCGAGUCGACCUGCCUGA